AUGAUCGGUGUCCUUUCAAGCGCAACUCUAUUGAAAGCGGCAGCUAUUCUCGGUGCUUCGGGUAUUGGAUUGGGUGCAUUCGGUGGACAUGCACUAAAAAGGACGGCGGAUUCUGUCCAGAUUGAGACAUGGCAAACAGCAGUGAUGUAUCAACUCAUCCAUGCAGUAGCCAUCUUGACCCUUGCUUCAUCUCUCUCGCUGUCCACAAGAAACAAUCUAGCUGGAACCCUCAUGCUAUACGGAACUCUGUGCUUUAGUGGAAGUCUGUAUCUGUUAGUAUAUACUGGACGGAAGUUUGGAUACUUGGGACUAAUAACGCCAAUUGGUGGCUUAUUGUUUAUUGGAGGAUGGUUGGCAUUGUUACUUUAA